AUGAGCGGGGGCGCCUGGCCGGGCUGGCUGCUCUGCAGGCUGGGGCUGGUCCUGCUCUGCCGAGGACUGCUGGUGCGGAGCCUGGAGUAUAACCAGCCGGCCGACAACUACACCGUGUGUCAAGGGGACAAUGCCAUUCUGAGCUGUUCCAUCGACGAGGAGGUGACCCGGGUGGCCUGGCUGAAUCGCUCCAACAUCCUGUACGCCGGGAACGACAAGUGGUCCAUCGACCCGCGGGUCCGGCUGCUCACCAACAGCCCGGCCGAGUUCAGCAUCGUCAUCGCUAGCGUGGACGUGUGGGACGAGGGGCUGUACACCUGCUCCUUCCAGACCCAGGCCAAGCCCCACACGGCCCAGGUCUACCUCAUCGUGCACGUGCCGGCUCGGAUCACGAACAUCUCCUCGGCCGUGACGGUGAACGAGGGGAGUGACGUGAGUUUGCUGUGCAUGGCCACGGGCAAACCAGAGCCCACCGUGACCUGGAGACAGCUGAGAGACGGGUUCACCAGCGAAGGGGAAUAUCUGGAAAUCACCGAGAUCAACAGGCAGCAGGCCGGGGAAUACGAGUGCGUCACGGCCAACGGCGUCUCUCUGGCCGACAGCAAGAGGGUCCUGAUCACAGUCAACUACCCUCCCACCAUCAAGGACGUGAAGGACGCCUAUCCCCCCAUGGGGAAGCCGGCACUGCUGAGAUGUGAGGCCAUGGCCGUGCCCCCUGCCGAAUUCGAGUGGUUCAAGGAUGACAAGCACAGACUCUUCGGGGGCCUCGAGGGGCUGCGGAUCCGGAAUGAGCGCACGCGUUCCAUGCUGCUCAUCGACAACGUCACCGCUCGGCAUUAUGGGAACUACAGCUGCCUGGCCUCCAACAAUCUGGGGGUCUCCAAUGCAAGCCUGCGGCUGAUACGCCCCGGUUCUCUGGAAAACGUAGCCGUGACCGGGAUGGAGUCCCCCUUGUUCCUGGGCUUGCUGUCGUCUGCCUUUGUGACUCUCCUGUUUAAGAUCUAGCGUGUUCGGCAGACGCGGCGGAAGGAGGGGAGGCUCGGGCGGAGAGCGCGCCAGAGAGACCUUCUCCUUUCCGGGAGAGACGAAGAGAGAAAACAAAGAAACAAAUCCUAUCGAGAACCCCAGCACUGUGAGGGAAACGUGAAAAAAGAAAAAAAAUAACGACAAAAAAAAUAUGCAUUUCUUUCUACGGCCAUUUCCCGUCACUUUCAUCCCAGACACUUCCAGCCGGACUUGUUCUAAAAGGACAAACAAACUGACCUGCAAAGACACAGGGCUUUCAAGGGUUAACGGCCAGUGCUUCUGUGCCCCGUGGGGGGCCCCACAAUAGGGCUUGUGGUGAGGGGUUGUUCCCCUGCUCUGGGAGAGUUUGCGGUUCUCAGCUGCCGUGACAGAUGAGCUUCGCUGGCUUUUGCAGAUGUUGGGAGCUGGGCCUGUCUGUGCCACACGGAGUGUUCGAGUGGAGAAUUUCCCUCGUUUGGAGCUGAAAAAUUCCUCAGCGAACAACGUUUCUUGGGCUGAGAAUCACCCUUGUUUACACAGGUUUUGGACUCUGAAUUUCCUGAUUUCAUGAAGCUUUCCGGGCUGAGAUUUUCCUUGGUUUACACAGAUCUGAGGCUGAAAAUUUCCUUCCUUCGCAAAGGUUUUCGGGCUGAGACUGAUCCUUGUUUACACAGGUUUGUGGCUGCGAAUUAAUUAGUUUGCAAAGUUUUGGGGCUGAGAAUGACCCUGGUUUGCACAGGUCUGAGGCUGAAAACACCCUUCGUUCACAAAGUUUUUUGGACUGAAAAUCCUUAAUUCACAAAAAUGUUUGCGCUGAGACUGACCCUUGUUUACACAGGUUUGAGGCUGUGAAUUUUUCUAGUUUGCAACCUUUUGGGGGCUGAGACUGGCCCUGGUUGACACAGGUUUGAAGCUAGAAAUGUCCUUAGUUCACAGAGUUUUGUGGGCUGAGACUUCUCCUAAUUCACACUGGGUUUGGCUUGAGAAUCUCCUUAGUUCACAAAGGUUUUAGGGGCUCAGACUUUCCCUAGUUUCUGCAGGUUUCAGGCUUUCCUUGUUCACAGGGCUUUGUCUUUACCCCAGUUCUGGGGUGCAGAUUUAUUUCCUUCACGAAGUUUUCUGGGGUGAGAAUUUCCCUGGUUUACUGAGCUUUCGGGGUGAGCCUUUCCUUAAUCCGGCGAGUUUUUUGUGAAUUUCCUUAGUGAACAAACCAACCCAAAAAAUACCCCCCUUUUAGCUGUGAAUUCAUAGAAUCGUAGAAGAUCAGGGUUGGAAGGGACCUCAGGAGGUAUCUAGUCC